AUGAAGAUGGCUGCUAUCACUGCAUCAGCUCCUGGUCGCAUAGACUACUAUGCACAGAGCUUGUAUCCCAGUACCACCACUUCAGCGGCUUUCAAGAGAGGGACAGGGGAAACUCUACCUGGGUUCCCCUCUCAGUACGAGGGUGAGAGGGUGUGGACAGGAUCCAAGUGGUUAGACCCCAACCUCGAGAAGAGUUACAUCGUGCAGAUCGACAAAGACGACUUGCUUGAGGUGGAGAAUGCUCUCCGCCAUUUUCAAGGUCUGAACGUGCCGCCUGGUCUUUUAAGUCGCGACACUUUCCCUCUCCCCAAGGGGCUGAGCCACAGGCUUCGGAAGGUAUCUCAAGACUGCUACAAUGGUCGUGGGUUUGCCAUUGUUCGUGGUAUCUCUCCUGAUCGUUUCACCGACGAGGAGAAUGUGCUUGUCUUUGGCGGCAUAUCCUCGUACAUCGCACCCACUCGCGGAUUCCAAGAUGUUCACCGUGAGCUCGUCACUUGCCAUGUCCUGAGUGAGGAUAUGAGACCUGGCUCGAAGGAGCAGAAUUUGAGACCUGCAUUUACCAAUGGCCGACUGGCGUUCCAUACCGACGUCGGCGAUAUUCUCGCUCUCCAUACGCUGGGCGUAUCCGAUACAGGUGGUGAAACGAUGAUUGCCAGUGCUUGCCAAAUCUACAACGAGAUGGCAGAAAGUCGGCAUGAUCUGAUUCAAGAGCUUGCCCAAAACUGGGCUUUCUUCCACUCCCAGGACUACUACACCGACGGGACUCCUCUCCUGACGAACGCCCCGGGGGACAAGUUGGUGUUCCAGUUCUCAAGGCUGCCCAUCACAGGCUUUCGAAGCCAGGGUGCGAACCCCACUCUCCCUCCGCCCAGUGAGAAGCGUCUUGAGGCCAUGGCCAAGGUGGAAGAACUGGCGUGGAAGCAUGCUUUCCCGUUGCCUCGGGAACCUGGAGAUAUGGCGUACAUUAACAACUUGUGUCUGAUGCAUGCUCGCAGCGCCUUUGACGUGGACGAAGAGGGCAACCCACUGCCCUCAAAGCGUCAUCUCGUCAAGCUAAUGCUGCAGGAUCCAGAGUUGGCGUGGGAACUUCCUCAACAUCUCGGCUGGUAUCUGGAGCGUGUCUAUGGCCCGAACCAAGAAGACGGGGGCAGGACUGAAAAAUGGCAGCUCAGUGUGAAGGACGAAUCAUUGCCCGAUGGUCGGAUCUGGGCUGGCUCUGGAGCCCUCUCCAAUGGCUAA